UGUUGUUGCUGUCUUCAAUCCAGAGACUGGUUUGAUGCAGCUCUCCAUGCUACUCUGCCCUGUGCAAGCUUCUUCAUCUUCCGGUAUCUACUGCAACCUACAUCCUUCUGAAUCUGCUUAGUGUAUUCAUCUCUUGGUCUCCCUCUACGAUUUUUACCCUCCACGCUGCCCUCCAGUACUAAAUUGGUGAUGCCUUGAUGCCUCAGAAUAUGUCCUACCAAUCAAUCCCUUCUUUUAGUCAAGUUGUGCCACAAAUUUCUCUUCUCCCCAAUUCUAUUCAAUACCUCCUUAUUAGUUAUGUGAUCUACCCAUCUAAUCAGCGUUCUUUUGUAGCACCACAUUUCGAGUUUUAAAUUAUAAGAUCCAUAAGCUGUCUGUAUGUGGGGAAAAUGUAUUAUAAGAAUUUUUGUUUGUUUGUGAGAAGUAUAUAAUUUUUUGCUAAGUGUGUGUUGGUAUCUGUUUGUUGGGGGGGAGGUUAGGGCUAUGGAAAAGGUUUAGUGGUUAUAUUGGUAUCUUCAUUAAAACAUAGCUAAUAUAUGUUUCUGUUUUGCCAGUAGGUUUCAUCGUUUUGUCAUUUUCUGUAAAUCUUAUCAUGAGCAAGGCCUUCUAGAAUGUGGAACGAAUAAAGAUGAGAAAUGUUAAGAAGUUGUUAGAAAUAUGAUUACUUGUGGAUUUUGAAAUAUAUUAGGACAUUUGUGCAUACUGACCAUGAGUAAUUCAAAUUUGGAGAAAGCAGCUACCAGCAUACUUUGUCGUGCUGUUGAGCUAGAUGAGAAGCGUCGUUUCACUGAAGCACUGGUUUGCUACCAGGAGGGUCUACAACUUCUGGUGAAUUUUCUCAAAACUGAAGGAAAUGCCCAGAAAAAGUCAGCUGUGCGUGGGAAGAUUGAAAGUUAUAUGCAGCGUGCAGAGAAACUGAAAAAACAUAUAGAAACACAGAAAGAUGCUGGUAGUUUCCAUGAACAAGUUGUGAUUGACAACGAUUCAAGAGGUCAUAGUUACAAAAGUGUCUUUGGCCGUUUCCUUGAUGCAGAUGUUACAGGAGUCAGAGUAGAGGAUCCUUAUAUUAGAACAUUUCAUCAGUGCCAGAAUUUUCUUCGUUUAUGUGAGCUGCUGCUACAAUCCUGCAACAAUUUGAAGAGUAUUGUGUUGGUUACCUCAUCUCCACUUCAAGUGAAUGAGCAUACUAAUCAGAUGAAGUGGCUGCAGGAUAUUAGAACAAGUCUUCUGAAAGAGAAUGUUGAACUUGUUGUACAGCUUUCUCCAACACUUCAUGAUCGACAGAUUAGAUUGGACAAUGGGUGGAUCAUUAAAAUUGGUCGAGGACUUGACUAUUUCAAACCACCAGAAAAUAAAUUUGCAGUUGGGAACUUUGAACUUGACUUCAGAUAUUGCUACCAGACCACAGUUGACAUUUAUCAUUCAAAGAAAUAAAAGCUAAAUGCUCUGGUAGUCCGCAGCUCGUGUUCUCGCUUCCCGAGCACGCGGUCCCGCGUUCAAUUCCCGGUGGGCUCAGAGAUUUUCACCUGCCUCGAGAUGACUGGGUGUUUGUGCUGUCCUCAUCAUUUCAUCAUCAUUCCUGAAAGUGGCGAGAGUGGGCUGAGCAAAGGUUGGGAAUUUGUAUGGGCGCUGAUAACCUCACAGUUGAGCGCUCCACAAACCAAUCAUCAUCAUCAUCAUCAUCCAGCUCUGGUAGAUGAGUAAUCAAGAAAUAAAAUACAACAGUUGGUGUAAGUGCCAAGUUUCUGGGACAGUGUAACUGAGUCUGUAGAAAUCAAUGUCAAAAAACCCAAUAAACUAGGACAGAGGUUUAAUUUAAACAAUACGUGGUUUCUAGCACUUGGUUUAUUAAAAUUUCACCAGUAUUAAGGCUUCUCGUAGCUCUAUUCUGUCUUUGACUGAAUCUCACCUUAGUUGGAUUUUUUAGGUCUGUAAUACUAAGUGUUGGAAGGUAUCUGCCAGUUCAUGUUUUUCUGUUUCUCUGUGACACACUACUAUUUGUCAAACGAACUUGUAACUAUUCAUGCAGCCCUCAGUAUCCCUUCUUGGUACGGAUCCACACACUUGAGCAGUAUUAAUAUGGGUUGUAUGAUUUUUUGUAAGCAAUCUCCUUUGCAGACUAAUUUCAUUUUACCAGUAUUCUACCUAUGAACCUAAGUCUGAGCUAUAUGCAUUCUGAAUACAACAUUCUCUCUCCACAUAGAUGAGUCAGAAAUGUAUUACAGAGAAUAUAUUGUACAAAACAUUUUUUAAAUAUCUUGAGUGAUAGUAUUAAAAAGUUACAACUUUUGGAAAUUAUGCCAAUAAAUUGCCACUAAAUUGAGACUAUAAAGAAGGGGAUGAAUGUACCUUUACUGCAUCAUCAUCACUAUAAAUUCCACAUUUUUGCAUUUUGUAUCAAUUAACUGAGAAAGUAUCAGCUUGGUGCAUAAGUUUGCACCAGUUUGGUUUUGCAUGUUGUCCUCCCAGUUGCUAUGGGUUGAUUCAUUGGUUGUCAUUUUUUAUUUGUAGUUCACUGUUGCCAUUUGAGUUAACAUACUGUCAUUACUGUCAGUUGGAGGUAGUGAGUGGAGCUGUGGACAAUAGAAAAUGGAGUGCCAAGUGGAGAAACCAGAACAUUUCCAAUAUAUUUUUCUGUUUGAGUUCAGUAUAGGGCUGACAGCAGUGCAGGUAGCCAGAAACAUUUCCGUUGUGUAUGGGAAUGAUACCAUUAUAUAGAGUAUGCCAAUAAAAUGGUUUUCUCAUUCUAAGGAGGAUCGUUUUGACUUCAGUGACUCUCCAAGUUCUAGAAGGCAUUCAUGGUUAGAUAAAGAUCAUUUAAAUACAUUAAUCCACAACGAUCCACACCAGAGAAGUGGCAAAUGUAAUGAACUGUGAUCAUUUCACAUUGACAUUUGCGUGCAAUGGGGAAGGUCCAAAAUCGGGUGUAUGGGUAUCACACGUUCUAAGCAAAAGUCACAAAAAAUCUGUGGGUGGACGCAUGUGCAUCUCUGCUUGCUUAUCAUCAGUUGGCUUUUGAACAACACCAACCAUUCCUAUCCUGUAUCGUUACUGGUGAUAAGGAAAACUGUAACCGUCACUGUUAACAUUUACUGCUAACAACGAAGAAGACUUGCAGGUGCAAUCCAGGAACAGCGAGCAGGAUUGUGUGAAGUGAUGAUACUCCACAAUAAUGCCUGCCUGCAUUCUGUUAGGCUGAUGACAAACACUAUACAGGAGUUGCAUUGGAAAGUCAUGGUACUGUCUCAUUUGAUCUUAGCUGAACAUGGAUUUUAAAAAUCAAUACAAACUUAUUAAUAAUAGCAGUCAACCAAAGAUUUCAGAACUAGAAAAAAACCUUAUUUCAGGUACUGUUUUGAGAACUGUGACCCAUUGAGCUUAGUGAGAAAGGGAAAUGUGCUUUAUCAAUUGAAGUCCUUAUUUAAAAAGUGGUACUCCUCCAAUUUAGUUCAUUUCGAGAUAUUUGAGGCUUAAACAAAAUUGAGUGAAGCCAAUAGAAAGAAAUCUCUUGCAGCAGUUGAUGGACUGCAGAAUUUCAGGUCUCUCGAACAGAAAAUUGUUAUCACUUGGUUAUGUUUAAUUCAGUAUCUUGAAAUGAUCAAAAUUGGAGGUGUACCACUGUUGAAAUAAGGCCUUCAAUAGUUAAAGAUGUUCUGCUAAGAAUGUUUGCAGUUUUGAUAUGGAUUAAAAGUAUGAUACAAGGUUCUCAACAUAAAACUGUUUUCAUACCAAUGCUUAAUACCAUGUAAAAUAGGUCUGAAUCACAUUAAGUUCUACUGUGAUUUGGUAUUGUAUAUAGUGAGACAUAAUGCAAAAGUUAAGACAUUGUUUGUAUGCUUUGGAUUUUUUUAUUUUGUCUGCCAAUGUGUCUUGAUCAAUAUUCUCAUUGUCAGGCAUUGAUCAUUACAUAAUUAUCCAAGCCCUACUCAUAACAUUUGGAAUGAAUGUGAUGUACAAAUUGUAAUAUAAUGUUCUAAUGUCAUCUCAAAU